UUCAUUCAGGUGAUUGGCAGCUCGUGUGGAGAACAGCUGGGCGGGAAUCUUUCCCUAGGUUUUGCACAGUUGACGCGCAUCUCGUGCACUAACAGCAGUUUCCUGACACGAGCGCGGAGAGAAACGGCACCAAGUUUUCUCAUAUAAGAAACUGUGUCUACAUCUGGUUUAGGAUUUUUUAUCAGUUUGAACUUUUCUAACUAUUAUCUUCAAGAAAAUUUUGAGUGUCCUUUUAAUCACGUGUGGAAAAGUUUAUCGCGUAACAGGAAUAAGAUGGCACUGAAGCUAACGGAUCCCAACUCCACUGCACCAUCUGCCGCCUUCUCCGCUGUGGAGAAUGUCCACAACUUCUCAGUGAACUCUAGCUCCUCCCGUCCAUAUCGUUAUCCAAACGUCACCUACGUGGACUUUUACCUGCAUGAGCCUUUGGUGUCCGCUAUCUUUAUUGUGUCCUACCUCCUCAUUUUCAUUGUAUGCAUGGUGGGAAAUGGAGUGGUGUGUUUCAUUGUGUUAAGGAGCAAGAACAUGCGUACAGUCACCAAUCUUUUCAUUCUUAAUCUGGCCAUCAGUGACUUGCUGGUUGGCAUCUUCUGCAUGCCCACAACACUGGUCGACAACAUCAUCACGGGUUGGCCUUUCGGCAGCUUGGUGUGUAAGCUGAGCGGGAUGGUGCAGGGAAUAUCGGUAUCUGCCUCUGUCUUCACAUUGGUGGCCAUCGCUGUGGACAGAUUCCGCUGCAUUGUCUACCCUUUCAAACAAAAGCUCACUAUCUCCACCUCUACCCUCAUCAUUGUCAUCAUCUGGGUUCUGGCCAUCUCCAUCAUGUGCCCAUCGGGUGUCAUGUUACAGGUCACCAAAGAACACCGCGUCGCCAUCUUGCUAAGCGCAUCUAACACCACCCAACCCUUCUACUGGUGCCGCGAAAACUGGCCUAACCAAGAAAUGCGCAAGAUUUACACCACAGUGCUCUUCGCUAACAUUUAUCUGGCACCUCUUACCCUCAUUGUCAUCAUGUACGCCCGGAUCGGGAUCACAUUGUUCAAGACAUCAAUGCCGGCUUCUGCGAGCCAAACUGAGACCUCGGGCUCUGGAAAGCAAAGCAGAUACGAAAGCCGUCAGAUGGUGUCACGGAAAAAGAAGCGGGUAAUUAAAAUGUUGCUUGUCGUCGCCUUGUUGUUUAUCCUCUCGUGGUUGCCAUUAUGGGCACUCAUGAUGCUAAGCGACUACGCCAGCUUGAGCGAACGUCAACAUCGGGUUAUUAAUAUCUAUGUUUACCCUCUGGCCCACUGGUUGGCGUUCUGUAACAGCAGCGUCAAUCCUAUAGUCUAUGGGUUUUUCAAUGAGAACUUUCGCAAAGGUUUCAAGGCGGCCUUUAAACUUCAGCUCUGCUCAGCCCAUUCGGGAAAGAGGUGGACCUACUCACAUCGACCGCAGGGCAAUGCUGUAUUACCUGCCAACUUGCCUCUGACCAAAGAGGCUGUGGGGGAGGCUGGAGCUCCUCGGGCAGGACAAAGUGUUAUCCAAGGUCUGGUGAUGGUGGGGAAUGGGAGAGGUCUUGGUGAAAGCAGCCAAUCUUCAGGCAAGGAAAACACAAAAGAACAGGAUCUGAUCAUGGAAGAUCUGGAAAAGGUUAUGUAUGAUGUAUAGAAGCUCGAUGACCUCAUGGUCAAAGCUUGUGCAAUUAGAUGAUGCUCAUGAAAGGCAAAAUAUGUUUCCUUCUCUUUGACCGAUUUACUGCUGGAAGGACAUCGUGAAGUUUUAAGAGUUCAUCUUUCAUCUAUUUCCUUCUCUUUUAUCUCUGCGGAAAAUGUGCUUUUCUCACUUGAAAUUUCACAUUUUAAGACAAUAAUCAUGCCAGACAGGCUGUUUGAGCUGAAGGCUUUAAAACUUCAUGCGUGAUAAACAAAAAAGGACAUUUUAAAGAUAUUGGCAAGAUGAGAAUGACAUCUUACUGACUGCCCAAUUAAUCCCACUGCCAUUUUUAGGAUGUCAUAUCUUGCUAUUUCACCCUGCCUAACCCAAGGAAUAAAUUGUGAGCUUCAUAAAAAAUAACCCACAAUGCCAUGGCAACAACCAACAUGGAUAUUUCUGUGAAAAACAUUAAACGUCUGUACUAAGCCACAUCUCAUACUAACUGAAGUGCCUGAAUAAGGAACUUAAACUGGGCAUACAAUUGUAUAUUCUCUCCUUCCAGGUAGUGAUAUGACGGCAGUUUGUUAAUGGCAUGUUCGCAUUUUAAAAUGACUGGUAAAAUUACCCACUUAACAAUUUUACUCAUUAACCAGCUUGGCAGUAGCAAGACGUCAAAAAAAGACUUAAAGUUCUCUUGCAGAACAGUUGACAUACUGAUUGUAAUAAGCAGAAGAUCAUUUCGGAUUGAAUUUCUGAGGAUUAUGGUGACUGUGAAUCCUUAUAAGCAUAAAGCAGUUCGCUGUAAGAGAACAGAUUUUAGUUGUGACACUGAUGACAAUGCCUGAGGAUCUCUUCUGACUCAUAAAUGUACUACUGAAUGUGAGAAGGGUUCUGUCGAGAAAAAGGUCAUCAGAGACAAUGAAAAAUUGAAUGUUCCUAUAUGAAGAAUGAGUCAGGGGAUUUACAGGAGAUAUGGCAACUGUCCAAACUGUCACAGGCUAUAUCAUCUCAUGUUUAUGCGUGUCCGCAGUUUCAUCUUGGGCUUUAUAUAAUCCUGAAUCUCGGUGUAGAAGAAAUCUCUUAUCAAAAAUGAUUAUUGUUGUCUCCGUUUCUAAUGUAAACCCAUUUGAGACACAAAUGUACUCAUUUGUGAAGGUUAUUUUUGAUCAUUGUGUGAAACACAUGCCAGUGUACUAUGGGAACAUGUCCUCCUGGUUGCAAUAUAUAGCCUUUUAAUUACGGUUUGCAAUUAUGUGUAUAAAAUCAAGACAGGAACAAGCAAGCAAGCUUGUUUGUGUAAAGGAUCUUGUGCUGGAAAUGUGAUUUGACAGAAUGUUUUUCAAAAUGCAUAUACAUCAUGUACUGUACCUUGUAUAAAAGCUGAACCACCCACCUGUUUACGACCUCAAAUUACAUAUGAAAUAAUUAUAUUAUCAUUGCUGCUUGUUGCUUAUUGCUUAAUGCGUCUAUGAGACAUGGCGGAAAUGCAAAUAAGCAUUAGAAGAAAGCAAGCAAGACUUUGUUGAAAUGUACUACUGGUUAAUGGUUGUCAUAAACUGUGAUUUUUGUGAAAGUGCAGAAAAUGUGUAACUUGUCACAGUGUGUUUUGACAGCAUAAAUAUGUC